AUGAGUUUUCACUUGCUACACAAAUCAACUGCCUAUCUCCUGUCAGCGUUGUUGUUGAAUUUGUUUGCGUUCUUGAUGGCCGGCUGGAUACUGUACCACAUAACACUCCGGAUCACGAAUAGUGUCAAGCAAUCCGUCAUAGCUGUUUUGAUCUUCUCGCUGAACCCGGCCAGUAUUUUCUUCACGGCCGCAUACAGCGAAUCGAUAUAUGGCGCGAUGACUUUUGGCGGUAUUUGGAUGAUGAUGAAGUCGCGGGGCAAGUUCGGUAUCGAAUAUGUACUUGCUUGCGGUCUUUUUGCACUAUCUUUUGCCACGAGGUCUAACGGGCUGCUGAAUUUUGGCUAUGUCUGCUGGUAUGUGAUCGUCGACUUAUUGCACAAACGAGGGAACGAUGGGCGUUUCCACUCUUUACUAACGCUGUCGAAAGUGCGGAUGUUUUUCGAGGUAUGUUCUUCAUUAUUGAAGCUGCUCAUUGCACUCGCGAUCAUCAUUUUACCUAUGAAGCACCAUGCGCAGAUUCAGCACGAGCGCUUUUGCUCUCAGGCGGCGCCACCUCUGUCCGCGCGGCUGAACAGCUACGCAACUGAGCAUGAUUUGGUCGUGGCGGGGCGAACAGGAAUCGAAUGGUGCAACCAGAAUUCGUUGAUAUUUCCCCCAUGGUAUUCCGUGAUUCAGGACAAAUAUUGGGACGUCGGUUUUUUGAAAUACUGGCAAUGGAGGAAAUUGCCUUUCUUCUUGAUGGCUAGCCCAGCCCUGUUUGUAUGGAUUCUGGGACUCAAGCUUACCGCCACUGGGCUUCUUGAUUACUCGAAUUUCAAUGCCUUCCUCAUCGACGCCGAUGGUCUAUUUCCGUAUGGCGUACAUUCGUCAGUAAUGGCUUUUGGUGCUAUUUUCUUCUAUAACGUCGAGGUGUUCACACGGAUUUUCUUCUCAUGCAGCCCAUUCCCCUACCUUAUCCUUGCCAAAUGGAUUAGCGAAAAAACACCGAUGGUAGUCCUUUCUGAUCUGUUCGAGCCGGCUUGCCUUCCCUUUUUCGACGAAGGACCAGCAGUCAAACGAGCUUGUCUUUCAAGACGAUUGAAAAGCGUCGCACCAGGUGCUGUCCAUCCAUCGGCCGACGGCACACCGCCAGGGAAACGGCAUAAUGACAAGACAAGUAGCGUCGAGAAUAUUUGUGCUGCAAAGGCUCAAUGGUGGGAAGACGCGUACGCGGUGGAUUUGAGCCAAUAUACGUCGCAGAGCAUCAAGAAUGAGUUUGUGCUCGACUCAUGCCGACGAGUCGUAGUCUGGCUUCGCCUACUUGACAGGGACGGAAUCGAGAUGAACGAGGCAACGAAUGGAGCUUUGCUGCCCUCGAAUGUACAACAAACGCCAAAUCGUUCCAUCACACCCCGGACGGCUUCCACCGAGUUCCCCGCUCCAAAUGGCUCCUCAGCUACUCCUGGAUCGCCGGGAAAAUCCGCUACUUCCCAACAGCCUGUAGCCGGUUGCGAUCAAUUUCUUGAUGUGCCGGUGGAGCCUGGAUCUUGUAUGGAGAAGGAUGGCGAGUGUAAAGAAAAUGGCCGUCUGGACGUUUCUUCCGGUGAGCUGAUAGCGAUGACACAAGAACAAUGGAAGUUCUAUACGGAUACGAUAGUACAGACGUAUUGGGCUUACUGGAAAAACGCGAUGGGUCAAGUCUGUCAAGAGCCUGUUCGACCUGAACUUUCCCGGGGGUUCCCAGAGCCUGCGAAGCAACCCCCGAUCGGACCUCGAACCCCGCCAGGUAGCCCGCCCGAAUCGCCCGAUCGUCAACUCCAGCUGGCUGCCGAAGAAAAAGCGCUUUAUUCUGAAGUGCCGGCAUCACCGUAUUCGCCGAACGCCAACUUACCGACACUUGCUGCCUCGCCAUCUGGACUGGAAUCGAUGAGCAUUUCUGAUGGCUCCGAAUGCUCCAUUUCUAAUGUGGAUCUAUCAAGAACUUCUCUCAAUCCCAAGACCGUGGAGGAUGCUGUCAUGAUGCCAGAAUUCAUUCAACUGCCUCCAGAGAAAGAUCCGAUUGUGGCAAAUUCCACAAAAGCCGGAGUGUAUCAGGAAGUUGCAAUACGACUUAUGGACCGAGCUGCGCGCAAUCGAGCUCUUCGGGCCGCUGGACCAGAGCAGAUAGCAGAAAUCCCGUUGCCACCGAAGCCCGUUGAGAAAAAUGAGGGAAGAUCGUGCCUACAGCCUCUCAAUGCAUCCGGGCAACAGUCCAAGCCUAUGGGCUCUCGUGAGGCGGAUCUCUGCGUGCCGAGCCGUAUCUUGCCUCCGAAAAAGCCCGUGCUCUGCUUUUCACCAGCCAUAUCAGCGAAAAUGGCGCACGUCUUCAGCGAGUGUUCACAGAAUCAUCGUAGCGGCAUCAGCCGACGUGACUGC